AUGGGUGUACACACCAAGAAGAAAUCAGGGAUAUUUUCGUCAUUAAGCGACGAUUUACUUGGCCUAGUGAUUAACAAGGUCAAGGACAAACGAGACAGAAAAUCGUUUUCCGAGGUCUGCAAGCAAUGGUUCAAAGUGGAAGGUCUAGACCGAUCAAAGCUUAUCCUUUAUGUUAACGAUCCCGGGUCUUCGCUUUCUGUACUAACUAGAUUCCCAAAUAUUGUCACUUUGUGGCUGUUGGGUUGCAAUACUCACCCCGACCUUGAAUUCGUAGCUCAAACAUGUCCCAGAAUCGAGCGCAUCAUGAUUGAAUGUAGAGAUGAGAAGCAAACAGGUGAUGGUGGUGUUUUGAACCCCAAAGGUCUAUGUGGUUUGGGAGAAGGGUGUCCCAGAUUGUCCCAUGUUGAGAUCAUGGGGCUAAAUGCAAUAGGGAAUUCUGGAGUUGUUGAGCUUGUACAUUCAGCACAUAACUUGGAGUCCCUUGUUUUGCUAAACAAUAAGUUGAUAUCAAAUGAAGCCCUCAGAGGAAUUGGGUCCGCAUCUUCCAUUAGCAUUUUACAGCUAAUACGUUGCGAUAACGUUACUGAUGAGGGAUUGGCUUUUUUGGCGAAUGGAUCUACCUCAAAAACCCUCAAGAAAUUGAACCUUGAGUGUUGCCCUAAAAUUACUGAUACUGGGGUCGACCUUUUGCGCAAAAUGUGUAGCCUGGAGCAUCUGAAAAUUUCCGAGUCGAAUCACUGA